AUGGCUCUCCCGGACCCCACCAGCGACCCCGCGAACAGCCAUCGCCCACAAACACCACCACCACCACCCGCCGAGCCAGCCAGCAGCAACAGCCUCGCCUCCAAGGACCCAUCCACCCCCGAAAACAGCGCCGACGGCCAGCAGCCCGCCAGCAACCCCUCCUCCACCACCGGCUCCAGCUCCAGCUCCAACCCCCAGACCAACAGCCCCGGCACUGGCACUGGCCCGGCUACUCCCGCCCCAGGCCAGGGCACCGGCUCAGCAACCACUCCUCCCUCCACCGGCGGCACAAACACACCCCCCGGCGGAGGAGCGCCGAACAACUCCAGCCAGCCCACCAAGCCCACCGACCCGCUCGUCCCGGUCCCCCUUCCCUCGCCAAGCCCACUCCCCUCGCCACCCACCCCUGGCACCAACAGCUCCACCCCCAGUACCACAACCCCGACCACCCCGACCACCACCCCCACCACCACCACCACCAACAAUACCAACACCACCAACACCACCACGCCCACGAACCCCAAGACGGACAACAACCAGCCCGCGAACGUCGUGCCCAUAGUCACCAACAAGGGGUCCACUAACAACAACCCCGGCGGCGUCAGCACUAUCACCACCACCAUCAGCGCUCCCUUUGGCCCCGCCACCGGCCACAAGAACACCACUGCUGCCGCCUCAUCGCCUCCGCCGGACACUUCCAGCGGCCUGUCCAGGGGGGCCAUCACAGGCAUUGCCGUCGUCGCCGGGAUCAUCGGAUUUGUGCUGCUGUUCUGGGUGGGUGUGCAGAUCUUGCAGUCCAAGCGCCGUCGCCGCGAGGAGGCGGAGAUGCAGGAGAUCGACUUCGACCCGACGGGCAACGGGAGCGUGGCUGGCGAGCUGCCCGAGCUCGUCGACCCCGCCCACCAGCUCGAGUACGACUCCGACCUCCAGCGCCACCCCACCCUCGGCGCCGCUUCCGCCUACUCCAACCCCUCCGCCCACCAACACUACUACCCCGCCGCCCCCGCCGCCCCGCCCAGGCAACCGGCCCCGUACCCUGCCUACGCCCCCGGCCUCUAUACCCCGCCGCCCCCUCCUAACCAGAUCAGAUACGAACCCCCGAGCGCUAUGAGCUACGACUACAACUCCGCCCAGUACCCCGGCGCGAAUACGAACCCCCACAGCGACUACUACCGCUAG